AUGGCUGUUUCGCGCUCAGAUCUGCUAGCUUGGCUGAACGAGCUUCUCCAGCUGAACUAUACCAAGAUUGAACAAUGUGGUACCGGAGGAGCCUACUGUCAAAUCCUUGACUCCAUCUAUGGCGAUCUUCCAAUGGCGCGAGUUAAAAUGAAUGCAAAGCACGAGUAUGAAUUUGUCGCCAAUUUCAAAGUCAUGCAAAACGUCUUCAAAGCAAAGAAGAUCGAUAAGCCUAUACCCAUCGAGAAGCUUGUCAAGUGCAAGAUGCAGGACAAUCUAGAGUUCUUGCAAUGGAUGAAGCGAUUCUGGGAUUCCAAUUACGGUGGACAGGGCUAUGACGCGGUCGGACGUAGGCGCGGUGCACCAGCCGAACCGCCAGCGACCAUUGCUCCACUUUCGACUGGGGCACGCAGCGCCAGUGCCGUUCUGGGGGUUGGCGGUCGAUCCGGUGGAAAGACGCCUAUCAGCGGACAUCGGGCAGGCUCUACGCAACCCAAUGAAGCCAUGCAGGCAUUACAGGCUCAACUCCGCGAAAUGUCGACGCAUAUGGAAGGCCUAGAGAAGGAAAGGGACUUUUACUUUGCAAAGCUUCGGGAUAUUGAGAUCCUCGUUCAGCAACAAACAGAGACACUGGAGAGUGCAGGCAAGGAAGAUGACAACCUUAAAGAGAUUCAAAAGAUCCUCUACUCAACAGAGGAUGGUUUUGAAGUUCCUGAAAACGCUCCUGUUGAUGAAGAGGAAACUUUCUGA